AGGAAUGGAUUGGAAUGGAAUGUAAUUGAUGUGUGUGUGUAUGUGUAUGUAUGUUAUAAUCUGGGCGGUUUAUCAUAACCCAGCGGAUAAGACAGAAAGAUGGAUUAUCUAGAUGGGUGGCCAGCUAGCUAGCUACCUUAGGUACCUUACCUUUCGCUACAUCGCAGAGAUGUACCGAAAACUGAAACUUGUAAAGCGGAGUAAAAUCAAUGAUACCCUAAGAUUUCACCUGCUUGCUUGCUUGCUUGCUCUGUCUCUUGGCUCUAUAGAGAGGCUGGAAUUGCGGUGCUCGUCUGUUCUGUUGAAUUAUUGCGAAAGCUGGAGUAAUAUUAUCUUAAGGACUCAGAAGGCUUUAAAUAAAGCGAAUAAUUGGCGGCUGGGGACGGAACUCGGGAUGAGCUUCUGAUUGAUUAGUAGUGCAGAGAAUCAUACGGUGAGCGUAUAUUAAUAGAGACUUUAUCA